AAAGUUCAAGACGCCGAAGGUUUGAAAUUGGAUUCUGCAGUCACGGAACAAACAGCAUAAUUACGGAUAAAACGCUGUGGGGAAAAAAAGAAAGAAAAUGCCCCUUUUUUGAUCAGCAUGUUCAAUUGCAGCAAGGGAUGUGGGAAGAAUUAUCAUCAAGGUAAAGAACGAAGGGAGAAAGAGGUAAGACACACCUGCAGAACAUGCUCCUGAGAUAGCAUGUGAAAAUUACAUCAUCGUUUGCUAAAGCAAACAGCAGUGGGCGUUUUGUGUUCGGAGCUUUCCCACCCAGCAACACAUCCCUUUGGAUUCCGUAUUAAAAAAAGAGGUUGAACUGCAGAAUGACACACCCACCAGAAUGAUCACAACUGCUUUACCACGACUGCUUGAGGUUUAUUAGACGUACUUUUAAGCUCAAAUUCAACACUUGAGAAAAGUAAGAGAGAGAGAGAAAGAGAGAAACACACCAGGUACUCAUGGAGGAGGCAGAUGCCAUUUACUACGGGGACUACAAUGAGUCCUACUUUGACGACAACUCCAGCAUUAACUAUGAGGAUUAUAUUUUCCUAUGCGAGAAAGACGAUGUCAGAAAGUUUGCUCAAUCCUUCUUGCCGGCAUUCUACACCAUCACGCUCAUCCUCGGGCUUGCUGGAAACUCCCUGGUCAUAGCCAUCUAUGCUUAUUACAAGCGGAUUAAGACAAAGACAGACUUGUAUAUUAUGAAUGUGGCCAUUGCUGACCUGCUGCUUCUUUUCACUCUGCCCUUCUGGGCGUUACAAGCCGUUCACGGCUGGGUAGUGGGGAUCGCCCUGUGCAAAAUCUGCUCCGUUUUGUUUGUGAUGAAUUUUAACGCUGGCAUGUUCUUCUUGGCCUGCAUCAGCGUGGACCGAUAUGUUGCCAUCUCCAGGGUGACAAGCCGGCCCACCAUAGGGAUCAAAGGGAGGAUCACUUGCUUGUGUGUCUGGCUGUUGGCCUUUCUACUCAGCAUCCCCGAUUUGAUAUUUACCACGGUGGCUAACAGAGAAGACAUGGAUCGCUGCAUGAUCAUCUUCCGUUCACACACAGAGACAUCGGCCAAGGCCAUGGUCCAGGUCCUAGAAAUCCUCCUGACUUUUGUAAUCCCAUUACUGGUCAUGGUGUACUGUUACUCCAAAGUGGCCAGAGCACUGUCCAGAGUCACCAAUGUGAAGAAGCGUAAGACGUUCAAGGUGCUCCUGGCAGUAGUCGGGCUCUUCUUCCUGACCCAGGUACCGUACAACAUCGUCAAGUUCUGCCGCCUAAUUGACAACAUUUAUCUGGUCAUCACGGAUUGCCAGAGCAGCAAAAGGUUCGACGUUGCCAUCCAGGUCACAGUGAGCAUCGCCCUGUUCCACAGCUGCCUCAACCCCAUCCUUUACGUCUUUAUGGGAGCAACAUUCAAGAGUUACAUUGUGAAAGCAGUCAAAGAGUACAGCUACCUCCGCAGACAGCGGAACAGGCCGGACACCAUCCAGUACUCCUUCAACUCUUUGUCCCAAUCCGAGCAAACCACGAGCUUCACAAUGUAGCAACAGAACUGGCAGCAAGAGAAUGGAAAUUUGCAUUUCUAUAGCAUCCACGUAAAAGAAAAGCUUCAAACUGCCUCACAUGAUGAGAUAAAUUUGAAGCGAAUGUUUUUUUUAAACGGAGCAAAUGGUAAUUUGCAACCAGCAAAGUUUUACCAAGCAACAACAACAAUAAAAUUACAUUGUUAUAUAGUACCUUUCAUGUCGGAAAGAAGUCCCAAGCCGCUGGGACAUCCUUCCUGAAACAGCAAAAUGAGCAGGUGAUUAGUUGAAUUUUGAGGAUGAGAUUGGAUGAGGAGGGAAUAUAAUCCAGGACAAUGGGAGAAAUUUCCACUGUUCUUUUUAAGUGUUUACUAGUGGUGAAUACAGUAAAACUCACAUAAGUCUGAUCUGUCUAAGUCAUAUAAUCACCUA